AGCACAGAGCUAAGCAACACCCAAAUACUCAGCCCUCAAUUCAGCUCUCAUUGGUUGACUUUGUUAACUAUGUCUCUUCCGUUCAUGAAUACUCUGACAGUUUUCCUUUCAGUAUUGUGCUUAAAAAUAUCUAUAUCUAGGCAAAGAACAUCGCCAUGGUGAUGCUGUUGUAAAAGAAAGGCCACCUGAAGAGGUUGCAGCUCGUCUAGCACAACAAGAAAAAGAAGAAAAAGAGAAAAUUAAGGCCCUUGCAGCAUCCUUGGAAAGCGCUUUGAAUAGCACUGCUCGAAUCACUUUGCAAGCAGUUACUCUUCAGGAAACUGCUGUCCAGGCUGUCAAUCUCCAUGCUCAGAAACUGAAAGAAGCUAUGGAUAACUCUGAGGUUCCAAGUGAGAAAAAGGCAGCUCAGUGGCGAACUCUGGAGGAAGCAUUGAAGGAUCGUAGAAAAGCUGUGGAUGAAGCUGCUGAUAUUCUAUUAAAGGCCAAAGAAGAAAUAGAAAAAAUGAAAGGUGUGAUUGAUAAUGCCAAGAAGUCUCGUAUACCUGGAGUCAAACCUCACAUACAGGGCAUAGAAGAGAACCUUCAUCGUAUGAUAACUGACUUGGACAAUGUGGUCAAAAAG